GCGGGGGCUCACCUGGGACGGCAGGUGACGUGGGGACGCACGCGCGCGCUGCACGCACGCGGCGGACUGGCGGGAGGGAGCGCGAGCCGUGUUGUCCGUUCGCUCACUCACUCACUCACUCGCUCACUGACUGACUGACUGACCGACGAGCGGAGCGCCCGGCAAUGGUGGUCGCCGACAGCUUCUUCCCUCGGCUCCUUCUCCUGCUCCUCCUCGCCCUCACGCCGCUCGCUGUCUCGGCCGCCGCCGCUGCCGCUUCCGCAGCAGUAGGAGGAACAGGUAAUGCUGCAGAUCUGAAGGUUUCCAUCGCUCCUAGCGAAGUGUUGCCGAAUGGGACAAAGUUUGUAUUAAGACAUAAAAAUGUUUCAUUCCAUUGUUCAAGUCUGUCACAACAGAAGUCACUUAUGUCGUGGAGCUUCGUAAGGCCAGAAUCAAAGCCAGAAGAAUUCACGGAAAUUGUAGAGAGCUUUACAGAAUUUUCACUUGCAAAUAUGGUACAUUCCCUGCAAGGAAACUAUACCUGCUCAGCAAACAAUACAGCACAAGGAAUAGAAGCGAGCACUACUGUCGAAGUUUUAGUCUACUAUCCACCAACAGGAUUUCCAGUAUGCCAUUCAGAGUUUUCUGAUACCAAUAUGUAUCUGUAUUGCUCUUGGGUUGGCGGCUACCCUUACCCUACCCUUGUUUGGUCGGGCGAAGGAGUAAAUGAUGAAAAUGAAGAUGCAGAACAUUUUCUUCCUGGACGAAAUGAUACUAAGAUUCUGACACUUUCCAAGUCAGCAACGUACGAUGGAAAAAUGUUUAAAUGCACGGGAAGUCACUUUGCGUAUACCAGUAGGGUGGAACCAUCAUGCACAACAACAUUGAAGGCUCCGCUGCCUGAGUCAGAACCUCUUGUAACUGGAUCAGUGGAGAAGAAUAAAACUUUGAUAUGCCGAGUAAAGGAAGGGAACCCACCUCCAAAAUUAAGCUGGUUGAGAAACUCUGAUACGGAAAUUCGUCCGAGCAAUAAAUAUGUAAUCUCAAAUGAUGGCCAAGUUUCGUAUUUGACAAUAAUAAACUGCUCAAAGGAGCUCGAUGAAGGAACAUAUUUUUGCAAAAGUGAAAAUCCUCUGGGUACUAAAGAAGUAGAAAUCUGGGUCUCAGUCAACAGCAAAAACAUUUCUGGACUAGUUGCAGGAAUUACUGUUGUUUUACUCCUAAGUGGUGCAAUAUUUUUUGGCCUUUAUGUAUACUUUAAUCGGACCAGACUUUUCACGAGAAGCCAUUUUUGGAAAGAGGAUUCCUCUAAUGUUUUCACGUUGGUAGAGUCAGAUGGAGAGGAUGAUUUUCUGCCUGAGAGUUCAUCUGGAGUGACGUCAGUGGUUAAUCCUGAAAUUCACCAGGGGAUGAAUGGGCACACCGUUGCGCAAGUUUAUCUCAAUGACUAACGAGGAUUGGAGAAAAAAGUGUAAUGCACCUUUAACGCCUUUAGGACAAAAGAAACUUUGAUUGCUUCGGUACGAUACCUUCUGUUCUCUGUGAAAAUGUUUUUUUCAAUAAAUUCUUGUUGGGGUUGUACUGAUUUCGAAAUGUAAAAUAAUUACGCACUGAUGCUAUAAAGCAAUUUUUUUGCUGGGUACGUGGGAACAAAUAACUAAAUGGGAUCUGAAUAGGAUGUUUUCUACUUUUUUUNAAAUAUUAAAAGCAAACAAUUGGAACAAAUAGCGGAAAAUGUACUUUAGUUUAUACUCAGGAAUUAACUGAAAGAUAUCUUCAAGGUGUUUUGUCUCGUUUUAUAUCGUCUCUCAGUUUGUAUCAUUUUAGCUUCAAACAAAAUGAGACUAACCUAUCUGCCUUAAAGAAAAGCCUCUUCCUUCAAAAUCUGAGCUGGAUUUGUUUGUUUAAAUAUUGCAGGAGUUUCCAAAGUUUUCCAGGCGGAGCACUUUUUGUUCAACUAAAUUCAAUAUAAAUUGAUUUAUAAUACUUGGAUUCUAUGCAUUUGGGGGUUUAUUUUUAUAAUGUAUUUUCUAUUGGUGUAGUGAGCAGUUCUGUGUUUUUUUUCUUUGUUUUUGUGCUGAAUCAAAUGUAUUUAUGAUGUACUUGCAAUUGCUACACAAUAAACAAAUUCUAUUAGAA